AUGUUAACAAUUCCUUCCUUUCUUUCUUUCUUUCUUUCUUUCUUUCUUUCUUUCUUUGUGUGUUUAGGAGAGCUUCCCUUACAGUACUGGUUAACUGAGAUGGGAAAUGUUAACAAUUCCUUUCUUUCUUUCUUUCUUUCUUUCUUUCUUUCUUUCUUUCUUUCUUUCUUUGUGUGUUUAGGAGAGCUUCCCUUACAGUACUGGUUAACUGAGAUGGGAAAUGUUAACAAUUCCUUUCUUUUCUUUCUUUUCUUUCUUUCUUUCUUUCUUUCUAUCUUUCUUUCUUUCUUUCUUUCUUUUCUUCCUUUUUUCUUUCUUUUACCUAUUACUUUCUGGCUUUUUGACCUUUUAACUUUUCUAAUGACUUUGUUUUUCCUUCAGUUUUCUUUUUCUUUAACUUUUUUUUUCUUUGUUUAUUUCUUUCAUUCAUUCACUUCGAAACUUUCCUUGCACUUUUUCUUUCAUUCAUCCAUUUUUCCUUCUUUCUUUCUUUCUUUCUUUCUUUUCACCCAUCAUUUUCCUUCUUUCGUUUUUCUUUCAUUCAUCCAUUUUUCUUUCUUUCUUUCUUUUCACCCAUCAUUUUCUUUAUUUCGUUUUUCUUUCUUUCUUUCUUUCUUUCUUUUAUCUAUUACUUUCUUUCUUUUUGGCUUUUCUGUUUUCGUCUUCUCUAAUUUCUUACACAUUUUCUUUUCUCUUUUACGAUUUUUCUCUUUCCUUGCUCUUUCUUUCUUUCUUUCUUUCUUUCUUUUAAAUAGAGCCUUCAACGCUUUUAUCCGUCCUAAACUAUCCUCCUCCUCCUCCUCCUCCCCUUCUCCUCCUCCCCAUCUCCUCCCUUCUCCUCCUCCCAUCUCCUCCCCCCUUCUCCUCUCCUCCCCAUUCUCCUCCCCUCCCCAUUCUCCUCCCCUUCUCCUCCCCCUUCUCCUUAUCACCUUCUCCUCCUCCCUUCUCCUCCUCCCCCUCCCUUCCCUUCUCCUCCUCCCCUUCUCCUCCUUUUCCGUCUUCUUUUGUUUUCCCCGAUAUGUUUCACUCCUUUUCAUAUUUACUAAACUUUUCUGCUUUCGACACAAUCUUUCAUUCUUUCUUUCUUUCUUCCUUUCUUUCUUUCUUUCUUUCUUUCUUUCUUUAUUUCUUUCUUUAUUUAUUUAUUUCUUUUUCUCCACUACGGCUUCUUUCUUUUUCUUUCUUAACUUUUAUUAUUACUACUAUUAUCACCACUACGACUUCUUUCUUUUUCUUUCUUUCUUUCUUUCUUUUUUCUCACUUUCUCCUUCGCAAUUUAUUACUGCUAUUAUAACCACUACUUCUUCUUUCUUUCUUUCUUUUUCUUUCUUUCUUUUUUUCUUUCUUUCUUUCUUUCUUUCUUUCUUUCUUUCUUUCUCCCAAGGGAAUAUUCUUUGUCUUCUCUUUCGAUCAUUUUCUUUCCUAAAUUUAUUCUCUUUUUUCUUCUCUUUUAUUUAUUUUUCUUCCAUUUUGCAUGUUUCUAUUUCACUGCAUUUCUACAAUCGAACACUCUCUCUCUUUUCGAUCGCUUUUUUCUCACGUGUUCGUUUAUUUUCUUUCUUUUUUCUUCUCUCUUCCUUAUUCAUUCUUUUCCUCCUUCCUUUCUUUUCCUUCUCUUCUUCAUUUAAAUCCCUCUUCUUCUUCUUCUUCUUCUUCUUCUUCUUCUUCUUCUUCAGAUUCUUCUUCAGAUUCUUCAGAUUCUUCUUCUUCUUCUUCUUCUUCAGAUUCUUCUUCUUCCAGCCAACAUUUAACAUUUCUAUCUUCACUUCUUUCAUUCUUUCUUUCUUUCAUUAUUUCUUUCUUUCAUUCUUUCUUUCUUUCAUUAUUUCUUUCUUUCAUUCUUUCUUUCUUUCAUUAUUUCUUUCUUUCAUUAUUUCUUUCCUUCAUUAUUUCUUUCUUUCAUUAUUUCUUUCUUUCAUUAUUUCAUUCUUUCAUGUUUUUUUUCAUUAUUUCUUUCUUUCAUUAUUUCAUUCUUUCAUUUUUUCGUUCUUUCAUUAUUUCGUUCUUUCAUUAUUUCUUUCUUUCAUUAUUUCAUUCCUUCAUUAUUUCUUUCUUUCAUUAUUUCUUUCUUUCAUUAUUUCUUUCUUUCAUUAUUUCUUACUUUCAUUAUUUCGUUCUUUCAUUAUUUCUUUCUUUCAUUAUUUCUUUUUUUCAUUAUUUCUUUCAUUAUUUCAUUCUUUCAUUUUUUCGUUUUUUCAUUAUUUCUUUCUUUCAUUAUUUCUUUCUUCCAUUAUUUCUUUCCUUCAUUAUUUCUUUCUUUCAUUAUUUCUUUCCUUCAUUAUUUCUUUCUUUCAUUAUUUCUUUCUUUCAUUAUUUCAUUCUUUCAUUAUUUCUUUCUUUCAUUAUUUCUUUCUUUCAUUAUUUCUUUCCUUCAUUAUUUCUUUCUUUCAUUAUUUCUUUCUUUCAUUAUUUCAUUCUUUCAUGUUUUUUUUUCAUUAUUUCUUUCUUUCAUUUUUCGUUCUUUCAUUCUUUCAUUAUUUCUUUUCUUUCAUUAUUUCAUUCUUUCAUUAUUUCUUUCUUUCAUUAUUUCUUUCCUUCAUUAUUUCUUUCUUUCAUUAUUUCUUUCCUUCAUUAUUUCUUUCUUUCAUUAUUUCUUUUUUUUCAUUAUUUCUUUCUUCAUUAUUUCUUUCUUUCAUUAUUUCUUUCUUUCAUUAUUUCUUUCAUCAUUUUCUUUCUUUUCUUUCUUUUUCAUUAUUUCUUUCUUUCAUUAUUUCAUUUUUCAUUUUUCGUUUUUCAUUAUUUCUUUCUUUCAUUAUUUCUUUCUUUCAUUAUUUCUUUCCUUCAUUAUUUCUUUCUUUCAUUAUUUCUUUCCUUUUAUUUCUUUCUUUCAUUAUUUCUUUCUUUCAUUAUUUCAUUCUUUCAUUAUUUCAUUCUUUCAUUAUUUCUUUCUUUCAUUAUUUCUUUCCUUCAUUAUUUCUUUCUUUCAUUAUUUCUUUCCUUCAUUAUUUCUUUCUUUCAUUAUUUCUUUCUUUCAUUAUUUCUUUCCUUGAUUAUUUCAUUUCUUCAUUAUUUCUUUCUGUCAUGUUUUCUUUCUUUCAUUAUUUCUUUCUUUGUGUCUUUUCCCCUCUUUCCCCACGAUGA